AUGGGGCUCUUCAAACGCAAGAACAAGGAUGUGGCCGACGAGCCGCCCAAGGAGAAGGUCAAAUGGAGCAAGCGACCGGCCAACACGGCAUUCAAGCAACAGCGCCUCAAGGCGUGGCAGCCGAUCCUAACGCCCAAGGCCGUGCUCCCGACCCUCUUUAUCAUCGGACUCAUCUUUGCACCUAUUGGCGCGCUCAUCAUCUGGGGCAGUGGCAAGGUCACCAACUUUACCCUCGAUUACACAGAGUGCGACGCGCAGCCUAGCGAUGGGAGCUGGGCCGACAUGCCUAAUGGCAAAUGGGACUACGAGCUCAAGACAGGCUCGCCGGUGAGAAAGAGCGCUAUCAGCACGCCAAAAUGGGCGUUCACUAGCAACCCCAGUGCGCCGGUCGGGCAGCGCUCGCAGUGCCGCAUUCAGUUCCAAGUGCCCUACGACCUCGGCCCCGGCGUGUUCAUGUACUACAAGCUCACGAACUACUAUCAGAACCACCGUCGCUACGUGAACAGCUUUGACUCGGACCAGCUUCUCGGCAAGCACCGCGAUGCUAGCAGCAUCGACGGUGGCAACUGCAAGCCCAUCACCAGCAACGGCGGCAAGGCGUACUACCCUUGCGGACUGAUCGCCAACUCGUUCUUCAACGACACGUACGGCACAGACCUUGUGCUUCUGAACGACCCCAACGGGCAGCAGAAUGCGACGUACAGCUUUACGGAGAAGAACAUUGCGUGGCACGGCAUCGCAAAGCAAUACGUUCAGGUUCCGUCAAUCCCGGACAACAACCCCCAGAACCUCCUCCCCCCGCCCAACUGGGCUGAGCGCUACCCGAACGGCUACCAGACGCUUGAGGACAUUCCGAACCUCGCAGACAACGAGCACUUCCACAUCUGGAUGCGUGUUGCUGCUCUCCCGACGUUCCGCAAGCUCUGGAUGCGCAACGACAAUGACAUCAUGCCAGCCGGCACAUACGAGAUUCUUAUCAACAUGAACUACCCCGUCAAGCAGUUCAGCGGGACCAAGAGCGUCGUCAUCAGCACCGUGUCCUGGAUCGGCGGUAAGCAGAACUUCCUCGGCUGGGCGUACGUUGCAGCUGCGAUCUUGUGCGUCGUGCUCGCCCUCGCUGGACUGAUUCGCCACCUCAUCAAGCCCCGCAAGCUCGGCGACAUGAGCCUCUUGUCGUGGAACCAGCCGCAGGCGCAGCGGUAG